GCACCUCAAUUUUCCCCAUUUGAGCGGCUCACGUGAAGGCGCAGUGGGGCAGUGUUGGUGAAGUGGGGAACUCUGUGUGCGUACAAGUGGAAUACUUGGUCUCUAUGUACUUGACUUUCAAGUCUCGGUACCAGAAAGUUGCCAACAGUUUCGACACACGCAGCUCAGUGUUUCAAGAAAGCGCGCCUUGGCCAGUUCCUCGCACAACUUCUGUGUGCGUUGCACCAGUGCAAAUCGCAAUAAAUAGGAGAGUGACCCUAAUUUGCAUUAUAGCAUCCAAAUCAGUGAUUGACUUCUGCAUUAGUGGAGAUUUGUGACACAAACGCCGAUCGCGUUUUACAUAAGUUCUCCUCGUCAGUGCUGAGCAAGUGUGAUUUGCUUGGAGAGCAAUUCCGAGAGGAUGGGCGAAUUCAAUCUCAUGAAGGCUCACAUAAUAGCAUCAAUAGAUGGCCACAGCAGCUGUAUUCACCGCCGAGCCGCGAAGAACAAUGUGUCCUCCGUGGAGCCGGCAGUUCUUAUGGAAAAUGGCACGACCAAGAUGAUGACGGGCAAUCUCACGGCGGAGGAAAAACCACAGAUAAAGGCUGAAAAUAUCAACGCAGUGUGCAGUGAACACCAAAUAGCAGUGAAUGAGUACAAAAAGUUGCGGAAACUCUUACGAUAUGACGAGGCGCCAAAAUACCUGCAAUUCAACUCCUACAUUCGCAAUGGAUACAGAAAUCUACUUCCAACCAAAUUGUGCCUUGAGAGUAUUUUCUGGUGGACCAAUGAAACGAUAAACAUUUGGAGCCACAUCUUCGGGUGGUUCCUGUUCCUUGGACUUAGCUUCGUCGACAUCACCUUCCUCAACAUUCACGCCACGACGCAGGACAAGAUUGUGGUGUGCGCGCUGCUGAUCUGCUUCCAGAUGUGCAUGAUCCUCUCGUCCGUCUAUCACACUUUCUCCUGUCGAUCGGAAAAGGACUACGACUGCUUCCUGGCGUACGAUCUAUUCGGCAUUGCGCUGUCGCUCUUCGCAAUCUACAUUAGUGGCAUUUACUAUGCUUUCUGGUGCCAUGAUAAUUUAAGGAAUUUCUACAUUUUUACGGUUGGAGCAAUUUUCAUUACGGCUUUGAUUCUGCAAAUACCCAAACUGAAAGUGCACUCAAACGUGAAGAUGCUGAUGUUCGUCGCCUGGGCAGCUUAUGGUGUUAUUCCAACUAUUCACUGGACCAUCGAAAUGGGCGGAUUUGAGAACACCAUGGUUCGGCUUCUUAUUCCACGUGUCAUUGGAAUGUACAUAAUUGUCGGCCUGGCGUUCCUCAUCUACAUCACUCGCAUACCUGAGAGAUGGUUUUCCGGGAAGGUAGACUAUCUGGGUCAUUCUCACAACCUGUGGCACAUCCUUGUUGUGUGCGCUCUCUACUAUUGGCACAACACAGGUGAGUUUUCCGCGCUUGGUCACGCAAAGAAAAAAAAAAAACAAACAGAUCUUCACUCUUUGUCACUGGCAUUUUCUUUCCUGUUUGAGAAUGUGCAUUUUGACCGUUUUUCUUCUUUCUGCCUCUGUCAUGUCGCUAAAUAACCAAAAGCUUCUCUUUGUCACCUUUUUCCUAACACCAUUUCUUAACCACACAUGCAAACUGAAAAAUUUUUUAUUCCCCUCCCAUUUAGGAAUGAUGUACGCAAUACAUAUGAUUGAAAACGGAUGUUUGGAGGAAAGAAUAAAAUGCUAUCAAGUUCCUUCAGACGUAACACUUUCUUCAUAAAAGCUUCUAUAUCCUAUUUCAUAGUAUGUCUUUGCUGUUUAUUUUUCUUCAUUUUUUAAUUAGCAUUAUUAUUCAAAAUUAAACAGAGAGUUAAUCAAAUGCUUCUGUGUCAUGAAAUCUAAGUGUAUUGUUUAAGAGCGGAGGAUAAACUGAUGCCUUGUGUAUUUUACUGUUUCAGGUAUGAUUUACGUUGAAUUUAGGAUGAACCAUGGAUGU